UUAUCCCAGUAGUCACUACAACUAGCUACUUUGUAUCUUUCUAAUGUCCUGUCUGCUGUGGUGCGUUUACUGACCGUUCAUGCCGCUGAUAAGUGGUGCCAACUGCGAGAUCCUGAAAUAAUUUAUUAUUCCUAAAUCGCCCUCUGCUGGGCUGAGUGUGCAGUUGCACCGUAAGCCACUGGCCGUAUUUGUUUUGCAUGAGGUUUGGAACAGACCCAAAAAUCUCAGAGGCCUUUUCAUUUAGUACACUUACGUAGCUGCACUCAAUAUAGCUAAUAUUAAUAUUAAUAUAUAUCUAAUAAUAUUAAUAUAGCUAAUAUUAAAAAAAUACAGCAGCAUAGUCAGAUGCCAGCUACUGUUUUUUAUUAGUUAUGGUUGGGCAAAGUGGCUGAUUUAUCAAUUGGUAUGUUCUGUAAGUGGUAAUGGCAGUUUAAGUGUCAGUUAUUGAUUAAUUGGUCAAAAUGUUGAUUCAUGCUGAAUAGGGAUGGGAAAAUAUUGAUAUGGCAUAUAUCUCAAUAUUUUUCUUCUGAUACAAUAUCAGUUUUUAAUGUCUCAAUAUCAGUUUUAACAAAAAAAGUAAUGUUUUGGGCCAAUUGUGAACUUACCCCAAAUACUGAAGCAUCAGACAUAGCUGAAGUGCUUGUUGUGGUAAUCCCACAGAAGUGUUGGGGUUUUAAUGUAAACUUUAAAAUUGAUUUGAGGUUCCAUUUGCUGAAGAGAAUUAAGAGAUAUGAAGUGUCCUGAAAAUAGCGAUAGUUGCAGUAAAAGUACUCAAGGUGUCAGAUGGUGUGCUUGGGUUGUCAUUUAAAACGAAGUGAAUUGAAAUGUCAGUUGUUGCAAUGAAUCCAGUACAAAUGUCCAUUAAAGACUGUAGCACGGGAGGCAGUUGAAGUGUCAUUCACUGUAAAUACAGUUGUAUUGGGUUGUCAUUUAAAAAAAAAAAUGUACAUCUAAUAAAGUUUCAGUUUUCAAAUAAGUCAGUUGAAGCUAAAGUACCAGAGCCAGUUGAAGUGUCCUGUGAAGAGCUGAAGUGUUAACUCUGGCAACAACAGUUAACACUUGGUUUGUGUGGUUGCAUGUUAUUUGUUGCGUAGAAGCUCAGAGCACAUAGUUGAAGCACCAGAGAUAAUUGAAGGGUUGUCAAAAUGGUUGUAGUGUCAGUUGCAGUAAAAACAUGUGAAAUGCCGUGGAGUUUAAAAGGUAUUCAGAAUCCACUCCGACUUCAGGGGUGUAGCAUUUGAAUGCAGCAGAAAAUAUUUUUCACAUUCCUGCUGGGAGAAAUGGUUUUGGCUCGUCAAAGUGUUUGAUAUAUGAGAAGGUGACAAUGGCUGAGAGCGGCUAAUCUGUGCACCUUUCAUUUCUGCUCUUCGCUUCAUAUAUCAAACACCUGCGUCCAGCAGCAGUCUGUCUGUGGAAAGGAAAGAAAACGGGCGAGCUGUUCAGAGGGGAUACAGUUUAAACUUCUAGUUUAGGAGAAGUCUGAUUACUGUCCCGAGUCACAGGUAUGAAUGAGUAAGCAGGUUCAGAUUUAACACUGAGUGUAAGCUUCGGGGAAAUCCUUGAAUUUGAAGCCAUUGUGAAGGUGAAUGAAACGAAGGAGUCCCACUGAGAGCACAGAAAAGUGCUGCGUUGUUCCACAAGGGCAAAUGCUAAAUGACUGAGCACCCUUUUGCCUACGGUAUCGCUUGAGUUCAUCUAGCAGUGUGCAGGUGUGUCCCGAGGGUGGGGGGGAUGGGUGGGAGGACAUUGGCAAAUCCACAGACACUGAGCUCAGUUUGAAGACUUCCAGCCUCGCGGAGACAUCAUGCGUGCUCUGCUUCCUCUCGUCUCCUUGCUGCUGGCCUGGAGCGAAGGGACACGGGCAUCAGACCCUACUUUGCCCUUCAUGGAGUACCUGGACGAGGGCCACCUUGUGUGCCUCAAGUGGGGCUUUGAUAAUCUGAAAGAAGAAAUAACCUUUAAGCUGGUGGUCAACUCGACGGGCUGGGUGAGCUUUGGUUUGAGUCCAAGCGGAGGCAUGGCGGGGUCGGACAUCGUCAUGGGGGGACUUGAUUCCGGCACAAGCUACUUCACAGAUCGUCAUGCCACAGGUAAUUCUAUGCCCAAAGUGGACGAGCAGCAGAGCUACACUCUCCUCUCUAUGGCUGAAGAAGAAGGACAAACCAUCAUGGCUUUUAAAAGGCCCUUCCAAACGUGUGAUGACCAAGACCUCCCUAUCACCGCCCAGCCCAUCAAGCUAAUCUAUGCCUAUGGAAUAACAGAUGAGAUCGGUUAUCACGGGGCCCACAGAGGCACCAAGGAAGUAAACCUGCUGAAUUACGAGCAAAGGACCAUGCUGACCAACUCCGACUAUAUCACUAUCAAAAUGGACAAUAUCACUUUGCCUCCCACGACGACCUCCUAUUACUGCAAGAUCAUGACGCUACCCAGGUUUACUACAAAGCAUCAUAUAUAUAUGACUGAGCCGAUAAUUGAGAACCAUGAUGUCGUUCAUCACAUGGUGCUGUAUCGCUGCCCCCCCUCUGUGACCGAACCGUAUGAGGGCGAUUGCAGCAAGAGCCAGAGUGGGAUUUACUGCCUCGGAGUAGUGGCUUCGUGGGCAGUUGGAGGACGGCCGUUUGAGCUUCCAGGAAAUGCCGGCAUUUCUAUUGGAGGCAUGGGCAAUGAUACACUUUAUAAACUGGAGAUCCACUACAACAACCCAGCCAAGAGACCAGGUAUAACAGACAGCUCCGGACUAAAACUGUACUACACCUCCCAACUCCGCCAGCAUGACGUCGGCAUCCUGACCACAGGUGUGCUGUCACUGGGUGGACUACAGUACAGCAUCCCUCCUAAAGCCAAGCAGUUCCACACCUACGGCAUCUGCAAAACUGCUCACUUUUCCCAGUUUGUAAAGCCUGUGCCUAACCUUGAAGUAUUUGCUGUGCUGUUGCAUACUCACUUGGCUGGGAGGAAAGUCAGAGUUGGCCACUUCAGAAAUGGAAAGCUGGUUGACUUCUUGGGCCUAAAUGAAAACUACGACUUUGAGAUGCAACAAAUUGUGACUUUGGGAAGCAUUAAGACAAUCCAGCCGGGUGAUGAGAUCACAGUGGAGUGUACCUACAACACUGAGGAUCGUAUCGAAGACACAAAGGAUGAGAUGUGCCUGGCCUUCCUCUUCUACUACCCCGAAAUCAAGAUCGCAAAUUGCAUCAGCCACCCCAACACAUCAAUGAUCAGCGUGAAUGAAGAACCUACCGGGGAAUCAGACCAGGAUGAAAUUGCCGAGCAUGAGAUGCUAUUGAAGACGCUGCCACAAAUUCAGAUAGUCUCAGAUGACAAUAGCACAGUGAAUAUAUUUACAGAUUCUGUGGGAAUUGUCAAUGAGAUGAUGAAGACACCCGCUGCUGCUUGUAAGAUUACCAACGCGUCAAACAGACUGCGCGCUUUCUGGAUUGUGAACUACGCAGGAAUUGUACUACUGCUAACCAGGAUUGGGAUAUUGUAACAUGGUAGAAGGAGCAACAGAUCCCAUUGCACUCUGAAUAAAAGAAGCGACAGAAGAAAAAAAAAAUCUUAAUUAUAUGCAACAGUGCAUUCUCUAGGCUUUCAUUUCCUCAUUUCCUUACAUGUAUUUUCUGUGUUGUUAAUCACCAAUCAGAGAGUCAUACAGUAAUACGUAGAGAAUUACACUGUAAAAUGUAUUGCUGCUACUGUAUAUCUUAAUUUAUGCUGAUUAAGGGUAGUUUGAUUUCAUAUUAAUAAUAAUUCAUGUGAUUCAGGAGUGAACAUUUGUAUUACAAUUUUGCAGUACAAUGUUAGGUAAAUAUACAGAUUGCUCAUCUUUUUGAACAAUGUUGCAAAUCAAUGAAUAGGGCUGCAUAGUCGUGAUGACAGAUACGAUAUGUGGUAUGUUUUUUAUUUAAUCUGCUGGAUCAGACAAACAGUUACUGAGCAAACCUGACAAAUUUAAAAGUAAGCAAUAAGCUAACAAACUAUCACCACAGUUCAUAUUAUAAACUUCUAAUUAUACUUCUAAUUUAGUCAUGAAUGAUCAGCCACAAAAUGUAUUAAAAUUUAAAGCACCAAUAUAAAGGCACUUAUCUCUGUUUGUAUACCUUUUGAUCUUUUCAUUAGGUACUGUAAGUUGAUUUUUUUUUUAUAUGUAUAUAUACGUAUAAGAGUUUCAUACAUAUAAACUUGACGCAUGAUUGAAAUUGUUUUGGUCAAAUGUUUUCUCUGUAAUGUUCCCUUCAGGUCUAGAUUCACGUCCACAUUUAUACUCUUUCAGUUUUACUGUUUUGAUUUGGAUUUUAACCAAAUAGAAAGUGAAAGAAGUGGAAAAAGUGCGUAAAUGCACAUCCCCCAUUUUCUUCUUUAGAAAUGGGAUUUUUUUGACUCAAAGUUUCAG